AGCCCUGGCCGCUGCCUGUCGCAAGCCAGAAAUUGAAAUCUCUUAAUCUUAUUUAAUCUUCAAUGAUUUGCAAUCUUAGCAGAGACCUGAGAUGAAGCUGUACGUGAUCGUUCGUGAAUCUCUGUUUCGAAUGAGUGCUAGAUGAAUUUCUGUGCUCGUACUGAGUUGACGCACCACUCAUAGUCAUUGGUCUGUUAUAGGUAGGUUGGAGGUGUUUAUGAGACCUGGACUCUUCCACAAAGGAUUCCCAUAUGUAUCCUCCCUAACUAUUAUCACGACAACAUCGUCAUGAGUGUGGCGCUACUUACUUAUCUUAGUGUAGCCUUAGAUAGGUGGACCAGCAUUUACCUGUUGUAGCGUGUGUGAUGUUGUUUGGGCACGGGCAGGCAACAGGAUUCACAACGCGAAGGCGAACGGCCAUCCCAUCCAUCACUUUUAACUCUAGACACAAACGGUCUUCUGAUGUUGCUACUAUUAGUUUCUUGUCCUUGUACACUUCCAACAUCUUCAAGCCAGUACCAUCACCUCGCUUAUUUAUUGAUUUCUUCGUGGUCUUUCGCUACCUGGUAGCUGAUUGUAUUACUUCUACCUGACUUGUUCUCCCCUUCCUUGUAAUAUACGCAGUAAGAACUAAAAGUAUCUAAUCUUCAAUCAUUUACAAUUGCUGUAUGUUGUACUAGUACACCAGCAUCAGUCUUAUUAUUCCCCUGAAAUCUAUCCUUUAAGGUAUCAUCUCCUUGAUUAAACAAGAUUUAGAAGUUUUCGCCUAUUUUUCUUGUCAAAUUUUUCAUUUUCUUGCAUCUAGAUCAACAUCCACGAUCAAAAUGGCGGUCACAGUUUCGUACUGUUGCGUUUUCGACAAAGGUGGGGACCAUGGUCUGGUGUAUUGCGACAACGAGGUGGUGAGUGUCGUUCGAGGCAGUUGGGCUGAGAAGGAGGACAUUAGCACAGGCGACCGCAUCAUCUCAGUGAAUGGUCAGUCCUUCAUCAAUCUCAUGCCUGCAGUGAGGAGCCAGGAAUUGCGACGACCUGCGGCGAAACUGGAACUACAGAGACCAGCAGAAAAAGUACUUUUUCUGCGACUUCUACUCUACUUACUGUUACUCAAAUCAGUCGUGAAGACUCUCUUUUCUACAUCUACACAGCACUCGCCUCGCAUUAUAUCAAUCUACUUGUUCUUUAAUAGGGCGACGGCUUGAUACUCGUACUUUGUUUUUAAUCUUAUGUAAGUAGCCCAUACUCACCCCAACUCCUACAGCCGCUGGUGAUGUCUGGUACGUGCGGGGAGAAAAAUCCUGGAUGCAGAAUGAAGGGUCGCAAGGUCACGUUAGUCGAAUCGGGGACAAAUUUUGCCGCAAGCUUAGGUGUUGCAAUCGGAGAUGAGCUUGUUGCCGUCAAUGGAUCGGGGUAGAACUUCUGACUUGUCUUAUAGAAGUGGAAUGAUUUAUAAUAUAUAGAAUGGAUGUAGGAUGGACUUGGAUGGAUCGGAUGGGCCCCCCCCCUGAAUCUUCGGGUCCUACAACAGAUGACGGGCGGACCUCGGAAGUCCAUGCGAUCCAUCCGAUUCAUCCCAUCCUGAAUCUGGCGCCCCUAGUAUAAAUUGUUCUAUUAUACUAUAGGGAUACUAUUUCCCAUUUCAUCUUCACCCAAGAUAGCCAUAGCGCUAGAUAGCCUAUGCGCUUCAUGGCAGUUUCCACUGUUGUAGUCCCUCUCCCUCCAUUUUAUAACUUUAAGUCGAUUCUAUGUACUAGUAUAAAGAAUACUUUUACUACCGGUCGUUGUACCCCAUUGAUUCAUCACAUCCCAUUCCCAGGUAUACGGAGCUGACGAACGAUGAGAAGAUGUUUUUGUUAUCGAAGUCAAGGCCACUGGAAAUGACUUUUCGCAGACCGACGAAGCUGGUGCCAACGAGUGUAAGGAAACCUCCUCCAAAGGGUGGAUUGUUCUCGUCCUGUACCACAUGCAAAGAGACCUGCGGAGGCGAACGAGAAAGCGAGUUCGUGGUCGAUAAGAAUUGGCCAUGUUAAGUUCCUCAAUAACAAAUUAGAACUACCUCUUGCCAGGCACAUCAAUCAAUCAGUCAAUCAAUCACCUCAUCCUUGACGCUGUAGUUGACGAAGGAACGGGGAUAUUUUUACGAUUGUAUGCUUAUGAGAAAUGAGAAGGAGAACCACCGUUGAAAACUAUCUCUCGAUCGAGACCGAGAGUGUCUAAUAUCAUGAGGUUGAAUCUUUAGCAUGAAUACUUUCAUAGGACUGUAUAUUAGAUUGAAGAUGUUUGUAUUCUGCAUUGAAAUUCAUGUCCAUCUCGUCUGUGUACUAGUUAAUCGUGUCGUGGGUAGUUGUAUGUACUCUUGACAUGGUGGAGCUGAAUAUAUGGUACACGAAGACAUGGUCAAUGGUAUGAAUCAUAGAGAUGGUACAAGGAUUACACGACACAUGAUGAAAUCACUCCUUUGCGAUGAUAAAGAAACAUGUCAAAUCGUUUUCUUUGCCCAGAGUUGUGUAACUGUAAGACUAAUGCCAUCAGGAAAUAGAAAAACUCGAAUCAGCAGUAAAGCUGAAGACCGCAC